GGAAUUUGGAAAGAUGAUGAAUAAGGUUUAUGUGAGAAGCAAUUUUUACCGCCAGGUACCUUGGAUAUAACACAUUAAUCCCAGUCUAUCAGUUGCCGACCAUCUUCAUCAUCCUACAGUGUGUAAACUGCUGAAAUCCGACGCGCUCUCUGCUGCUCUCUUCGUUGAACAAAAUAUUAUUAUUAUAACUGAUGACACAGACGCCAUGGUGAAGUGGACAGACCAGGAGCGCAGCACGGUCAGAGCUGUUUGGGAACAAAUUAAUAUCGACGAGGUUGGACCAGAAGCUUUGGCAAGAGUUUUGAUCGUGUACCCCUGGACAGAGCGUUAUUUUGGUUCAUUAGGAGAACUCUUCACCGCCUCUGCUGUUUUGAACAAUGCCAAAGUGGCAGCGCACGGCCGAGUGGUGCUGAGGGCACUGGAUGAAGCAGUGAAGAACAUGGACAACAUCAAAGACACAUAUACUGCUCUGAGCCAGCUGCACUAUGAAGAACUCCAUGUGGAUCCUGAUAACUUCAGGCUCCUGGCAGACUGCAUCACCAUCACCGUCGCCUGCAAACUCAGGAGCGCCAUGGGCCCUCAGGUCCAAGCCACCUGGCAGAAGUUUCUUUCUGCUGUGGUAGACGCACUUCAGAGUCAGUACCAAUGAAGAGCCGAGCAACACACACAUAACUAAAUGAAACUUGUAUUUAAACAUCUUGUGUGUUU